GUUUCACAGCGGCCACGUCUAAUUGUAUUUUUUUUGCCCGUGCCUGGUUUUUGUUGUUGUUGUUGGGCACUUGUAGUUCCAACGAUGGAGGGCCGCGCGUGAUGAACCCGCGGGCGCUCGCUCCCUCGUGUUGCUGAGCUGGCCUCGACGACCGCUCAUGGCUUUUGUAAGGACGAGAUGGGCUCUCAUCUUCUUGCUUCUGUACCUGAGCUGGCGCGAAGCGAGCCCCCAGCCAUGCGGCGGCGUUCUGACCGAGCGGCGGGGAGAGGUGGCCAGCCCCGGCUACCCGCAGCCCGGCUACCCGAACCGCGUGCGGUGCACGUGGGAGAUCCGCGCGGGAGGCCGCGACACCGUGCGUAUCCGCAUGCGCUCCAUGCGCAUCGAGGAUGACCCCACCUGCCGCUGGGACUUCUUGGAGGUGCGCUUCACGGGUCGCGAGCCGACGCGGCUGUGCGGCAGUGACAUGUCGCGCGUGCCCAACGGCGGCGUGAUGCAGGGCCGCGGGGAGACCGUCAUCUACCUGCAGAGCGACGACUCGGUCAACGACGCCGGCUUCCUGCUCAACUACGAAGUCAUCCCCCCGCCGUGCGACUCGCAGCCGUGCCAGCGGGGGGCUCGGUGCGUGGAGAUCAGCCAGGACGACUUCAGGUGCAACUGUCCCAGAGGCUACACGGGGAAGGUUUGCGAAAUAGAUAUCGACGAGUGCUCACCGAACCCGUGCCAGAACGGAGGCCGCUGCAUCGAUGGCUCAGCGUCGUACACUUGCGACUGCGCGCAGGGGUUCACAGGCACGCGCUGCGAGACUGAUAUUGACGAAUGCAUCUCGGAUCCGUGCCAGAACGGAGGCCAGUGUGUGAACGGGGCGGGCUCGUUCACGUGCAACUGCCUGGCAGGAUACACGGGGACGCUCUGCGACUCAGAUAUUGACGAAUGCUCUUCGGGUCCGUGCCAGAACGGAGGCCAGUGUGUGAACGGGGCGGACUCGUUCACGUGCAACUGCCUGGCAGGAUACACGGGGACUCUCUGCGACUUAGACGUGGACGAGUGCGCGUCGAGCCCCUGUCUGAACGGAGCGAGGUGCCGUGACGGAGUGGCGGUGUUCACGUGCGAGUGUGCGCCCGGGUUCACGGGGACGCGCUGCGAGACAGACGUGAACGAGUGUGCGUCGAGCCCCUGUCUGAACGGAGCGAGGUGUCGUGACGGAGUGGCGGAGUUCACGUGCGAGUGUGCGCCCGGGUUCACGGGGACCCGCUGCGAGACAGCGGCGCCGCGAGACCCUUGCCAGCCCAAUCCGUGCGCGAACGGUCGCUGCGAGGGCCAACAAGGUGAAACCUUCCGGUGCGUCUGCCUGCCCGGCUUCACGGGCCGGCUGUGCGAAAGUCCCGUCGCCCCCCCAACCGCGCCACCCCCACCACCAGCGCAGCCACCGCCGCCGCCACCCACGUCUCCGCCACGCCGAGGGGAUCCUGACGAUCUUCUCGAGGAGACGUGGUCCGAAGCGGACCUCGCUCCCGAAGGUGGUGGCAUCGCAGACGCCAACGAGUACGUGUUCACAGACGAUCUCUACGACCAGCUGGGCAGCGUCGUCCCCAACUCCGGCGCAGAGGUCGGCGAGGGGCGCGGCUCGCUGGCCGAGGGGCCGCUGGCGGCCGUCGUGCUCGGAUCGCUGGGCGUCGCUGCCCUCCUGGGCGUCAUCCUGGCGUUCCGGCUCGGCGGACGGACCCGACCGGCCAGCGGCGUCGUCCCGCCGGCGGAUCCCGACCGCCCGGCCGCUAGCCGCCACUGCCGCCGGGCUCCGGUCACCCAGGCUACCCCGGCCACCUCGGUCACCCGGAGCCGCACGGGAGGCUCACGGCCGCGUUCCGCCGCUCCUGGCAAAGGGUACUGCGCCGAAACGGCACAACUGUGCAUCCAAUACGGUUGAUUGUCCAACCGCUAGCACAAGAAAAGCCCGUGAACACACAGAACAAGCCAGCUGUGGAUGCCAUAACGAAGCCAACUUCCACAUCAAUGGAUAAGCCAGCCAUGGACAAU